AUGCAAAAACCAGAUGUUUAUUGGCAUGAUGAUGGGUACUUUAUCGUUAAUCUUUGUUCUAGUGAUGACAAAGAUACUAUACUUUGUUCUGGUCCUCAUAUGUUCCUUGGAAAACCAGCAAUAGUGAAGCCUUGGUGUCCUAAUUUUGAUUUUAAUGCUAAAAUUCUUAGAACUGUUCCUCUCUGGGUUAAGUUCCCUAAUCUCCCACUUAAUUGUUGGGGAUCUGACACUCUUAGCCGCAUUGGUAGUUUGCUUGGAGUGCCAAUUUGUGCUGAUGAAUGUACUACUAGACAACUUAUAGUGUCUUUUGCUAGGGUUCUAAUUGAAAUUGAUGUUACAAAGUCUAUGCCUAAUUCUGUAUGGGUUGAGAGUCCUUCAAAGGAACUAUUAGAGCUCAAAGUAGUGUAUGAGUGGGCCCCACCUUUUUGUUCUAAGUGCAACAAGGUUGGUCAUGAUUGCUCUGUUAAGCCUGCUAUGUCUAAGAAGGUUCCUAAGAAGCCGGCUCCUGUUCCUCCUAAGCAAAAGCAGGUUCAUACCUCUCAAAAUUCAAAUGAGGGGUGGAGAAUAGUUGGAAGGAAGACAAAAAGCCAACAAACUAGAGUUCAUCAGCCUGCUUCUACCUCUAAUGCUUUUGUUGCUUUAUUUGCAAAUGAAAUGGAUGGUGCAGGUGGUUUCACUAUAAAUCCAAGCGGGGGUGAGGUUAAUCCCCCUUUGGUGUCAUGA